CACGGCUCUCCUGCCAUGGAGAACGAGGAGAGGCCGCGCGUGCGCAGAAGCCCUCGGGUGAGUGAAAAAAAAAUCCCCAUCACGGACCGGUGCAGCAGCAGUGUGUUCCCAUCACGAGUGGGGCUGAACGUAGAGCAACACCACCGCCUUCUCCACGCACCAUCCCCACCGACCAACGCCGAACUCGAGUGGGAAACACACUCAGGCUGUCCUCCGGCGUCCACAGUCCCCCUCCUCAAAAUGUCCGUGGGCAGUGACUUUGGGAACCCCCUGAGGAAAUUCAAACUGGUCUUCCUGGGGGAGCAAAGUGUUGGAAAGACGUCCCUGAUCACGCGGUUCAUGUAUGACAGCUUUGACAACACGUAUCAGGCCACGAUUGGAAUUGACUUCCUGUCGAAAACCAUGUACCUGGAGGAUCGAACGCUGUCUCUCUCUGAACCCCAGGUGAGGUUGCAGCUGUGGGACACAGCGGGCCAGGAGCGCUUCAGGAGCCUCAUCCCCAGCUACAUACGGGACUCCACUGUGGCCGUGGUGGUCUACGACAUCACAAACGUGAAUUCCUUCCAGCAGACGUCCAAAUGGAUCGAGGACGUGAGAACCGAGAGGGGAAGUGAUGUCAUCAUCAUGCUCGUAGGCAACAAAACAGACCUGGCAGAUAAGAGGCAAAUCACAAUUGAGGAAGGCGAACAGAGGGCCAAAGAGCUGAGCGUCAUGUUCAUAGAGACCAGCGCCAAGACGGGUUACAACGUCAAACAGCUGUUCCGGCGCGUGGCCGCUGCUCUUCCGGGAAUGGAAAGUAUGCAGGAAACAAGCAAAGAAGGGAUGAUCGACAUCAAGUUGGACAAACAGCAGGAGCCCCAGAACACUGAAGGCGGCUGUUCCUGUUAAUACUCCAAAAACAAAACAUCAUUCACACCACCUGCUUGUUAUGUUGCUUCUUAUUGGUUUAGCUGCAGUUGACUUUGCACGUUGAGAAUCUGGCCUCCUCUCCUGACUAUUGGUCAUCGGUUGGAACUAGCAAUAUGUGGAUUUGGUUCUAAAAGUAGUGAAGUCUACUUUGUUAAUGAAACUGCCAAAAAAGUCCUACAACUUGCAAAAAACUAAAACAAGAAAAAAACAGAAAAUAAAAACAAAGAAGAAUCCCAAGUUACGUAUGUAGAUACCUUUUUUUAAGUAGGAAAGGAAGUUUCCCCAGUUUCUUUUUUGUAUUUUUGUAUAUUCAGGGAAAUCUCUCUGGUAAGGUUUUUUUUUAAAUAUUCAAACAACUCAGCUCUGUAAUUGAGGGCUUUAUAAGAACAGAUGGUUCAAGACAUAUUUUUAUGGAUCCUUCUGUUGUGUGUGUGUGUGUACUGGUAGCUCUGUUCGCUAUUAGCGGUUAACCAUGCAAAGCAUCCAAAACAAUAAAAGUGAUGACCCAAAUGUUUGUCACUGACAACUGGUAGGAAUAUUACCAGGACAGAACAAGUUUCAGUCUCAAAGUAAUAAUCAUAUAGCAACAAAUACAUAUUAUCCAUGUAAAGAUAUACCUGAGCAUAGAACAAAGUCAUUGUGUUAAACAUAUGCACUGUCCUGUCCCUAGUUAAUAAACCUGGGGCUGCUUCCUGAGCUUUAAGUGCAUGUGAGUCCCAGUGAACCAGCGGUUAGCUCGUAGCCACACUGCUAACGCCCACCUGCUGAUAGCACAGGUACAAGGGUUUGAUAAAGUACAUCGCUGGUCUCCCACAACAACCGUCCCUCACAACAAGACGGCGGUACGAUGGCCUGCUACUUAGCUGCCUCGGCUGUAUUCUGUCAUGCAUAGAAAUCUUGAUCUUACUUAUUGUGUUUGAAUCCAGCCACUCUUUUUAUUGGCUGGGAUGGGAAAGAAUGGGUGAGAUGCUUCCUGGUACAAAACAUACCGCUUCAGAAAGACACGUCACAAACACAACUUCUGGGUGUGUAGUAAUAGUCUAAUUAUAAACAGUUUUACAAUCUCCUGACGUGUAAAAAGUUCUUUUAAACUGACUAAAACAGAUUUCUCGCUUGUUUAUGACCUUGCGUAAGGCCCCAUGGUAGUCCACUGGAAGGGGCGGGACUUCACCUCUGAGUCUCCGAUUUAGAGAGCCAAUCACAGCUCUCCUGCCAAUAACCCUUGUGGGAUCCAUAACUUUGUGUUCUUGACCAUUAACAGGAACCGAACUGCAACAUCUUGAGUAUCUAAUGCAUGCCUAGUUUUUGAGCAUAGGUACACGUUAGAAUCUGUAACACCAGUGACUUACUGCACUCUGAUAAUGAUAAUGUCGUUUUGUUUAUAAGAACUGUCCAACUGGAUUUGUACACUUGACUCUUUGUUGUGCGUGUGUGUGUAAAUGUGUGCUUUCCUGUGUAGGCAAUGCUGUCACACCGUGGGCCACUGCCGAGUUGUUACAUUCUCGGCACAUUAGGGCACCACGUAGGUCACCUUUGCUAUGUCAUAGACCCCCCCCCCUUGGUGGCUGUGGUUACUGUAGUUUGUGUCACCGAGGAGCCGGGCCACAAAGAGACUUCUGUAAUCAACACACGCUGCUAACAUCUGAAACCUGAAGACUAGUCUGCACUUGUAGCCCUUUCUGUUAUGAAAGCUUGUUUUUUUAAUGUACAGUCACUUAAUUGAAGACCUGUGUGGUCCUCUUGUGAUGUGCUCCCCCCCCCCGCCCCCCCCCCUCGAGGUGAGGUUUCCUUUGCUGCUUGUGUUUAAACUUACUAGUGAUGUUGGCAUUAUGCAAUGUUUUUUUGUUUUUUUGGGAGCCAGGUAUCAUACCAUCCACUGGUGCUCAGUCAGCCAGUGCUGUGAACACUACUUUGAUUUUUACUCGGCUCCGAAGUGAAAUCUUAAUGCACUUUUUGAACACUAUGUUUUAGAAUUCUAGAGUGACAAUGUAAGUCUUCUUAUAUGAAAAAAUAAUCUCCAGAACACUUGGAGUGGCGUGUCUUAGAGUAGACGUGAAUGUUUCUGGAUUGUUCACACGUGUCCGAGAAGGGGAGCACAGGUGAGCCUUUCUAACCCACGUAAUGAGCCAAAUAAUACUACUAAGAGACACAGUUAGAUGGAAGGUCAAAGGGAGACAUUAGCUGGAUAGCCCCCUCCUGCGAGCACUGGCGGGGCAACGACAGGUUGCAUUUAAAGUUACAAUCCCCCCCGACUGAAAGAGUAAGUAACCUAUCCACCCUCCUUAUUAUCCCCAAACAGGAAUGUACUGCUCUCAUUACCGAACACACAGCCUUGUAAGCAGAGCACUUUUUAAGAAAGGACUCGAUGGGAAUUUAUUUUUAAAUGAGGACAAAUGAUGAAUGAGUUGCUGUAGGCGUUAACUUUGUAUUUACUCCCCUUACAUAUUAAAGUAGAGUCAAGCAUUCCCUUGAAAUGGACCAACAAAUGUCUUGGUAUAUUGGGAGGGGGCGUUUGGGAGCAAGCACUUAAGGAGGGAGGGGAGUUGGGGGGGUGCAGCGGACCUGAUCAGUCCAGAGCUGGCUGUACAUUCACGCUGUACAGAGAUCUAGCAUGUCUCUUUAAAUGAUUAAUAAAGAUGUCUUAUUACCAAA